AUGGCGCCGCUCGCGCUUCCCGUCAUUUCCGCCUCGUCGGCCGUUGCCGUUAGAGUCGGCGGCGUUGCCUUCUGCACUCAACGCCAUCGCUAUGCCAGCACGUCGCCCGCCCGCGCAGCUCUCCGCAAGCAGCUUAAGGACACCAAGUUCCUUACGCCCGACUAUGCCGACAAGACCAAGAUCAACAUCGCCGGUUUGCUGUGGAAAUGGAAGAGGUAA